AUGGAUAGUCCAAUUCGAUCGCCAGCUGCCGGUUCAGGUUCCGGCGAAGAUAGUCCGCGUGUUAAGUUCUUGUGCAGCUUUCUGGGGAGCAUAAUGCCCCGUCCCCAAGAUGGGAAGCUGCGUUACGUUGGUGGCGAGACGCGAAUUGUGAGUGUUUGUAGAGAUAUUUGCUAUGAGGAGUUGAUGGGGAAGAUGAGAGAGCUGUAUGAUGGGGCUGCUGUGUUGAAGUAUCAGCAGCCUGAUGAGGAUCUUGAUGCUCUUGUUUCUGUCGUCAACGAUGAUGAUGUGGUUAACAUGAUGGAGGAGUAUGACAAGUUGGGGUCAGGGGAUGGAUUCACUAGGCUCAGGAUAUUUUUGUUUUCGCAAUCCGAGCAGGAUGGUUCCUCACAUUUCAUUGAUGGAGAUGAUUCUGAGAGGAGGUAUGUUGAUGCAUUGAAUAGUUUAAAUGAUGUUGCUGAGUUUAGGAGGUUACAACAAGGAGAGUUUCCUAUGAUUAACCCUGUCGAGGAUAUUCAUGUGUCUCCUGAUCAGUUUUUUAAUCCAAUGAGUGUGGAAAAUGGGAUUCAUAGUCAGAGAAGUGGGGACCUAUCUAUGCCACCAUAUAAUUUGCAUCAUAUAACAAUCCAGCACCCGCAAACUAUGGGCCCAAGGUAUAAUGAAAUGGAUUCUCCUUGGAAUCCUGCUUAUUAUUCCCCUAGGCAUCAUUGUCUCCAUGACUCCAGAUCAUUGGUUGAAUUUCCAUCUUCGCCAUCCAGUAGGUACCGAAUGUCAUUUCCGGAGUUACCAGAUAAGUGCAUUGACAGAGUGCCGGAAGAGUAUGCUCGACAUCAUGUAAACCACCAUCCUGUGUAUGAUAAUCAACCGCAAUAUGCUGACAAUGUUUUGUGGGUGCCGACUGGAGCAUCACAUGGUGAAAAGUCCGCUUUUCCAUGCAAUAUUCUUCAUGGUCCCCAUGUUGUUGAAGGAAACAACAUAUGUGAGCAGUGUCGCAUGGCUUUUCAGAGAGGUCAAUCACAUCUGGAGCAUUCUAAUAUAAGUAAUGGACUUCCACCUGUUGCUAAUCCAUGUGCAGAAUGCCCCCUUCCAAAUAGGGAUGGUUACCAUGAUGCAAAGUUACUUCCUGCAAUGUAUCCCAACGAACCUAAUAAUGAUCAUAGGUCUGUUUAUAAUGAUAUUCAGAAUCAUGAGAGAGGGUGGGGUUUGCAGCAUCCAACAAUUGCUCGUGUUGAGGAAUCAAGAGGACACGGCUCUGUAUCUGGAAGAGUGAGUGAUGUUCCAGUUAUAAAUUUCUCUCUUGGGCAUGGCAGUGUGACUGAUGGACAUACCCUGUCUUCCAACUAUCUUCAUCACCAAGUUGGACCUGAAUUGGGGCCCGAACUUUUCCCUGAUAAAACUAUGAAUCCAAUACCACACGUAAAAAUUCCCCAACUAGAAGAAUGCAAUGUGCGGUAUGGAAAUUCAACUUCUGCUUAUGGAGUAGAUAGUAAUUAUGCUGCGCCUCGUGGACAUCCACCUGGAUUCUGGAGAAAUACUCCAAUUCCAGUUCAUAUGGGAGCAUCUUAUGAGGCAACUGCCUCACCUCCGCAGAUGAAUGGUAUGAUAAAUAUGACAAUAAUAAAGGGAGAAGGCAGUCCAGGAUUUUACGUUGGAUCAGAUAGUCAAAAUCAAUGGGUUGAUUCCUCGCAGAAAUUGACAGGACAUGAUGGUACAGCCAUCCCAGAACAUCCGUAUGCGCAAGCUCUGAAGUUGAAUCCAACACCCCUUUGUCAAGAAAAUCAAUACCCAGUUACCGUAGAUACAAUUCACCCUCCACAGGACAUGAGUACUGGUACCUGCUUGGAACCUUUGCAGCUGCCAAAAUCAUCUUCUAAUAUAGUCCACAAUCAAGAGGUUUUAAGAAAUGAUACCCAUUUGACUGGAGCAAAGGGUUUUGAAUCAAAUAGUUUGCUUGGAGAAGGAAUAGUUGUAAAAAUUGAGAAGGUCGAAAACCCUGAUACGAAAACUGUAUCUUAUUCAGAGCAAAAUAAAAUUGCUAGGAAUGCAUGUCAAGCUGCUGCUUCUGUUGAUUCUAAUAAUUCGAAGUCAAAACCUGAAGGAGACUGCGGGCAUGUUGACAAACUGGCUGAGAAGGACCAUUCUAUUCCAGAAGAUUCUAAGAAUUUAAGUUAUCAGUUUAGCUUCGUGCCUGAGUUGAUUGCUUCUGUAAAAAAGGCUGCAUUAGAAGUUGCUGAGGAGGUGAAAGCUGCAGCUGAUGAGCAUGCCAAUUCUCAGAAUCAAAAUUCAGAUACCAAAGAAGAAACAAUAAAUGAAGUAGAGCCAACAAAUGCUCAUGGUGAUUUAGAAUUGGACUCUGAAAAUGACCAUGUAGAUACUUCUAAAAUUGAGCCUACAAAGGCUGAGGAAGAAGCAAUUGCUAGGGGAUUGCAGACUAUUAAAAAUGAUGAUUUGGAGGAGAUCCGCGAGCUUGGUUCUGGAACCUAUGGAGCUGUCUACCAUGGGAAAUGGAAAGGUUCUGAUGUUGCCAUUAAGAGAAUAAAAGCCAGUUGUUUUGCUGGAAGGCCAUCUGAAAGAGCAAAAUUGAUUACAGAUUUCUGGAAGGAGGCAUUGAUGUUGAGUUCAUUGCAUCAUCCAAAUGUUGUCUCCUUUUAUGGCAUUGUUCGUGAUGGUCCUGACAGUUCUUUAGCAACAGUCACAGAGUUCAUGAUUAAUGGAUCUUUGAAACAGUUCUUGCAUAAGAAAGAUAGAACAAUUGAUCGUCGUAAGAGGCUCAUUAUAGCCAUGGAUGCUGCAUUUGGGAUGGAGUAUUUGCAUGGAAAAGACAUUGUGCAUUUUGAUUUGAAAUGUGAGAAUCUAUUGGUCAAUAUGAGGGAUCCUCAACGCCCUGUCUGCAAGAUUGGUGAUUUGGGUUUAUCAAAGGUUAAACAGCACACACUAGUGUCUGGUGGAGUACGGGGGACUUUGCCAUGGAUGGCACCUGAACUUCUUAGCGGGAAAAGCAAUAUGGUAUCAGAGAAGAUUGAUGUCUACUCAUUCGGAAUAGUUAUGUGGGAGUUGCUCACAGGGGCUGAACCCUAUGCUGAUAUGCAUUGUGCUUCAAUAAUAGGAGGAAUUGUGAACAACAGUUUACGUCCUCAAAUCCCAACAUGGUGUGAUCCUGAAUGGAAGUCUCUAAUGGAAAGUUGUUGGACUUCUGAUCCUGUAGAAAGGCCAUCAUUUUCAGAAAUUUCAAAGAAGCUGAGGAGUAUGGCUGCUUCAAUGAAUGUGAAAUAG